UCAUACCUUCUUUUUCCGUUGAGAUAUACUUUCUACGAUAGACAUGUCAAGUGAUGAACAUUCUGUAUAUGGGAUAGAUAAUUUCAUGGUGUAGGUCAACGUACGGUUUUAUAAAUACUUAGUAGAAUGGAUGAAAUACACAGGAUUUCGGAGGCUGUUUACGUGGAGAUGUGUGAUAUACUAGGCACGCCUACAUUAGUGGCCAUACGAAGAGAAGUACUGGACAUUGCUGAGAUUAUAAGGACGCAAUCAGAAGAAAGAAAGGGAGAAAGAAUUCGUCUCGGUGGAAGUCGUAGAGAAGGGUUUGGUUCGGUAGCCUCGGACGUGGACUGUAUGCGCUGGAGAACGGACCAUCAAGUAAUAUGUGGAUUAAAUCACGCAAAUAUAUACCACUCAGAAAGAUGUACUCUGAUUUUAAUGGAGUGCUCGAAAGAAAUCCCUGGACUUGCUAUGUUGCAGCUACUGACUCCCACACAUUACGAUUCUGUCAGACAAUCUUGUAUUAGAAUUUGUGAUGGUUUAUACAUAUCAAGUGCACUAUACAGAGAAAAUACGAUGGGUUUAUUUAGGCAUAAUUCUACUCAGCAUGGUCCUUGUGCGAGUGGACAGGAUGGUGAGACAGAAUACGACAUUGCCUACGGUUUUGCCUGCAAACAGUGGCCUUCCGUCGCCACUUCUUUUACUCCGAGAUGCCAGUCUAAAAGAUGGCCACCAAAUCAUGUUUUGAGCGACGUCAUCACCUUGGGUUGCCAUGUUGUUCCAAUAGGAUUGAAAGGAUCGCCAAAGGAAGAUCUGGAAUGGAGGAUUUCAUUCUCUUUAGCUGAACAGAAAAUCAUUCAAUGUAUGGAUCACACACAGUUCAUGUGCUACGGGUUGUUGAAAUUGUUUCUAAAAGAGGUCCUUCUUUUGGAAGAUUCAAAUGGAAAACCUCUUCUUUGUUCAUAUUUUAUGAAAACCAUUCUAUUCUGGGUUAUUCAAAAUGAGACUGUUAAAGACUGGAACCCUUCAAAUCUAUUGUCAGGGUUUUGGUCGUGUUUCAAGUUUUUAUUGUCAUGUGUGUAUCACGCUUAUCUUCCAAACUUUUUUAUCACCGAGAACAACUUAUUCAUUUCAAAAGUAUUUGGACGUUCACAGCGAUUAUUGUGUGAGCAGCUUUUUGAAAUGUACAACCAAGGGAUCACGUGCUUGUUGCAAUGCCGUUCGAUCAGAGACGUGUUAACUGGAGCGAUUGGUUGUAGACAGUACAGAAUAAGUACUGCCGAAUCUGAUAUCAUACCAGAAAUCCACAAAGACGUUGAGCUUUUUGAUGAACUUGAUAGCAAUGACAUAGUGGCAAUGUCAUUUUCAAAUGUUGGACAUUGUUUUGGGACUCUGUAUUCCACAGUCAAGAACUUACAUGUCCCUAACCUCAAUGAAAGACAGCGUGUUACCUUCAGGAAAUAUAUUUCAACAAUUCUUAGAUCCACUGUUUUUCAUUUAUACAAAACAUCCAACGACCUUAGCAACAAAGGAAGAUUAAGAAUUCUAAAUGUUUGCUUAAAAUUGCUGAAAGUUAGUGCAGAUAUGGGAUUUUUUUCGGAUAAGAUUUAUUUUGCUUUACUUCUGCACACAGUCGGUAAAAAUAGUAAUGCGAUACAAUUUCUCAGCACGAUAAAAGAGAAAAUUACAAAGUCUUAUAUCAUUUAUGAUCGUAUUGUUGAUAUAGAGUGUUAUGAUAGAGAGAUUGGAGGCUUGCCACUUAUGGAAAGAAUGAGAAAAACUGUAGCGGUGAACAUUGACUUACGUAUGAUCAUGAUAAAAGAGUUAGAAUUUGAAUUUAGUUUGGCAGCACGAAAUUUUAUUGAUGUACCUCCAUAUGUUAUGGUACUUAUGUUGUUAGUGUUGUGUAAUCGUGGAAACCCACAAAAACAAAACGAAGCUCUUGAUGAAUUGUACCUCCUCCUCCAUUCUGACGAAGGACGUCAUAUUAAGAAAAUAUUAAGAGGUAUAUCGUGGCAGAUUCUUGGAAUCUGUCAAGAGGUUUGUGAAGACUAUCAGGGGGCACUUUUGUCUUAUCAAAAAUCUCUAAAAGAAGAACCGCACCAUAAUUUACAGGAGGCGACUUAUCUCAGAAUACAAGAUGUUCAGUGUAGACACGCAAUGGGAUAAAGAUGUCUCUAAAUGAAUAGUAUUCAUCGAACUAAAGACUUUAUAUCUAUGCAGUAGUGUUCAUACAAUUGUAUUUUCUUGUUUAUUUUGCUGUAGUAUAUGUUAGAUGUUUUAUAUAAAAUUCA